AGUAUUAUGGUGAGAAUUGUCAUUUCGUUUACAAAACAAAACAAAGCAGGUGCUAUUACAAAUUAUAUAGAUUUAGGCGAAAAGGUCAAAUGUAACCAAUUUAAGCAUAAAUUUUCCAUAUACCGACAACAGGUUUGAUCACGUGAUCAAAGCUUACCAAAGUCCCAUCACAAAAGACUAACGGCGAAUACGGACACCGGAUGCAACGUUUGGGUUGUUGGCGUUGUUGGAAACGGAACUGCAAUCCGCUGGGGAGGUGCUGAUGAUUGAUAAUAUAGUAAAGAGCGUUAGAAAUUAUUCUGAGGUUAUCAAGCGUUUCUAGCAAAGCUUAGGUUCAUUUUUUGGUUCCUUAGUCCUCGGUUUUCAGGUGAUUCGCCCACUCAGUCACAAUGCUCUUCUACUCAUUCUUCAAAUCCCUGGUAGGAAAGGAUGUGGUGGUCGAGCUAAAAAAUGAUCUCAGCAUAUGUGGCACACUGCACUCGGUCGACCAGUACCUGAACAUCAAACUAUCAGACAUCAGUGUCAUAGACCAGGAAAAGUAUCCACACAUGCUGUCGGUGAAGAACUGCUUCAUCCGCGGCUCGGUGGUGCGGUACGUGCAGCUGCCGGCUGACGAGAUCGACACACAGCUGCUGCAGGACGCCACCAGGAAGGAGGCGCAGCAGGGGAAGACGUAGCCGCCCCGCAGCGCGCGCUCAUCCGUCUCACUCGCCCGCGCCGCCGCCGCCGCCGCACACGGGGCAGCGCAUCGUCCCGAAGUCAUCAGUUUUGUUCCAGCUGUGUGUAUUCAAUACACGUGCCGACAUUUGUGUAA